AUGAGUAAAUCCUUAUCAAUUGUCAAAGGCAGACUUUUAAAUUAUAUUCACCACACUGCGCAGUUUGGGGCCAAAGGAAUGUGGGGAAACCCUCCUACCGAAACUGGUGUUUCUCGUUUAUCGUUAAGUGAUUUAGACAAAGCAGUUAGAGAUUGGUUUAUUACUGAAACCAAGGCAUUAGGCUGUAAUAUAAAGGUCGAUCAAGUCGGCAAUAUUUUUACUAUUUACCCAGGUAAGAAUACCGGACACCCUACAGCUAUCGGAUCACAUUUGGACACUCAGCCAACGGGGGGCAGAUACGAUGGUGUAUUAGGGGUUCUCGCUGGAUUAGAAGUGUUAAAAAUUAUGAAAGAGAAUGCGUAUGUUCCAAAUUAUCCUAUUGCAGUGGUUAAUUGGACUAACGAAGAAGGUGCAAGAUUUCCAAAGUCAAUUAUGGGUUCUUCGCUUUGGGCAGGAAACGUAACAAAAGAGUCUGUGAUGGAUUUGCAAUCCGUCACAGAUCAAAAUCCAGUCACGGUUGCACAUGCUUUGAAAAACAUUGGUUAUAAUGGCGAAACUUGUGCUUCCUACAAAGCCAAUCCCCUUCAUGCUCAUUUUGAAUUACACAUUGAGCAAGGCCCUAUCUUGGAACAAGAAAACAAAAAAAUUGGCAUUGUAACCGGCGUCCAAGCCUAUGACUGGUACAAAGUAACAGUCGUAGGGAAUUCGUCUCACACGGGUACCACACCAUUAAAUGUAAGAUCAGAUGCUUUAUAUGCCGCAUCUCAAAUGAUAGCAAAGUGCAAUGAAGUUGGUUAUAAGCAUAGUGGAUUAGUUAGUGUUGGUAUUAUUAACGUUGAGCCUGCAGUAGUCAAUGUCAUUCCGAAUAAAGUGACUUUUAUUUAUGAUGCUAGACAUGUGUCGGAUCAUACAUUAUCUAAAAUGCAUGUAGAGUUGGAACUGGAAUUUAAUAAAAUUAUCAAUAGUGCCAGUGGCGAUUCAUUUUCAAAACCUUUGGGAUUGAAAAUGGAACAUUUAUUUAAUUCGAAGGCUGUUAAUUUCCACCAAAAUUGCAUUUCUUGUAUUAAAAAUGCAUCCAUUGACUUAUAUGGUAAUAAUAACGUUAAGGAAAUUGUGAGCGGCGCAGGCCAUGAUUCUUGUUCAACAAGUUCUAGGUGUCCAACAUCUAUGAUAUUCAUUCCAUCGCGCAAUGGUGUUAGUCAUAGUCCUGAAGAAUUUUCUAGUCCUGAGCUGAUCGAUAAUGGUCUCAACGUAUUAUUAAGGGCUGUAUUGAGGUACGACAAAUCUAGAGAAAAUUAG